AUGGAAAAUGUGAUUAGAGGACUAAAAUCAUCAAAAAGACUCAUAUUUGAACGUAGAGGAAAAUCAAACUCUAUACUUGAAGAAGCUACUAAGAGGGAAGAAGAAGAAGAAAGCUUUAUGCUCUUGUCCUUGGAAUCAAACGAUCCUUACUCCGAUUUCAAGAGAUCCAUGGAAGAGAUGGUUGAAGCACGUGCGCUUCAUCACGACUGGAGAAGCCUGGAGAAGCUUCUUUUCUUGUUCUUGAAAGUCAACGUCAAGACAAGCCACAUAUACAUCUUCGCCGCCUUCGUCGAUUUGCUUUUAAACUUGGCAGCAGGAUUUUCGAAAGACGUCGCCCGAGAACCUCGUUCCGACCUCGUCGGGGAAUCUCCGUCGUCGCCAAAAUCGUUUUACACUUUGUACCCGGCAAGGGGCUUGCCGGGGAAUUCGAUAGGUGAGAAGAAUAGGAACGUUGUUUGUUGUUUAUCGUCGUUGUUUGAGAUGGAGGAGAAGAUUAAAGACAUUUGA